AUGCGGAUCGAGUACUUUCCUCACGGUGUGCAAUUGGGAUGGCUCAUUGAUCCAAAGAACAAAAUCAUGUACGAAUACAAGCGAUACGCCCAAGGAAAUCGUCUUGUUCGACGCUUUGGCAAUAGCGCGUGGAGAGAUCUUGAUGGUGGUACCGUUCUUCCUGGCUUCACUCUUAAUUGCGAAGAUUUGGACGAUGUGUUGAACCAGGAAUCCGGAUCGUCAUCGGAAGAAGAAGUUGAUUUGACUUGCCCAGAGCAUGGAUGCACAGAACGAUUCAACAGAUGCGGUGCGUUUGUUGCUCAUGCUGAAUGGCACCGUGCUGAAAGUGCUAGAGCUCGACGUAGAGCAAACCGUGCGAACCGUUAA